UGAAGUAUGAGCUAUUUCGUUGCUAGGUCCUGUAGUGUACGCCCGUGCCAAAAAAAAUCGCGUUGUUUUUCCUGGAGGUAAAUUUCCCGAAGUGAGUCUCCCUCCUGCGUUCUGACCGUCCGGGCUCUUGUUUUAUUUCCACCUCCAAUUUAAUACUCUAACCGAGAAGGGAUCGGACUGCAAAAAAAAGGAGGGAAGAUUUUUUUUUAAAAUUAGAAAAAACACAAGAUGCAGUUUGCAAAAAGGAUCGGUACGAAAGGAUAAGAAACGCAACAGGACUGCAUUAAAGUGAUCUGGAAGAAGGGAAGAGAGAGAGAGAGAGAGAGAGAGAUUUAAAUAUAUUAAUGUGCAUCGGAUCGAUGCGCGUUUCCUCAUGAGCCGCUUUUAACAUAUAUCAGCACCAUCGCAUUUAUAUUACAACACCAUCAUCACCAUCGUGGCCCGAGGAGAGUCACCGCAAAAAAAGAAGCUAGAUCCGAAGCCAACAAGCAAGCAAAACAAAAAUUGCAUGGUUUUGCUGGUUGCUGAGUGCAAACUGCUCUGCUGACUCUAGGGGGAGUGGCUCUUGUUUAUCCCGAAUCCGCUGCGCUCAGGUUCACUGGAGGAGGCGUGGCUCACCAGUUUCAUCCCCUGCCAGCAACAGCACAACCGAAAGGUGGGGGUGGCGAAUAAAAAAGUUCCUUACGCAGAUGUUUUAACAUCCGUGGAGCAUCUUAUUAGUUGGAAAUGCUGUUACUAUUCACAAUACAAGAUGUAGCUACUGGGCACAUAAUCUGGGAAAACGGGCACAUACUUUGAAAAGACCAGAAGAUUGUAUCAAAAGGUUUCCGGAUGGAUAAUGAAAUAAUGAAACGGAGGAAAUUUUCCAUCAGUAGUGAGGACUCUGACACCACUGACAGUCACUUAACACUGUGGUCUCGUGGUUCUAAAUCAGCAACUACAAAGCACCCUUGGACAAGACAGGAAGAGAAGAAACCUUCAGAGGUCUUUCGAACAGAUCUGAUCACUGCCAUGAAGCUGCCUGAAUCCUACCAGCUUAACGCUGAUGAGUACUACGUGCUGGGGGACCCAUGGCGACAGGAAUGGGAGAAGGGUGUUCAAGUUCCAGCAAAUACUGGGUCAAUACCCGAACCAGUAGUGAGGAUUUCACCAGAAUUUGAAAAAACACUCCUGGCUCCCAGCGAGCAAAUGUUGGCGUCUCUAAACAGCUAUGAGUCCACAGAGUCUGGCCAUGUGGACAUAAAGUUUUCUCCAAGAAGUAUUUGUCGCUAUGACCUUGAUGAAGUUGAUGUCCACUGGUUGGAAUUGGUGAAUGCAGAGUUUCAGGAAGCAGGAAUGCUGGAAGUGGAUGAGCUGAUGAUGGAAAAGGUCAUCGAGGAGCUGGAGAGCCAGUGCCAGGAAAACAUGAAUCUGGCAAUCGAGACAGAGGAGGGCCUGGGGAUUGAGUAUGACGAGGACGUAGUGUGUGACGUGUGCCGCUCUCCGGAAGGGGAGGAUGGCAAUGAGAUGGUCUUCUGCGACAAAUGCAAUAUUUGUGUUCACCAGGCUUGUUAUGGAAUUCUGAAGGUGCCCCUCGGCAGUUGGUUGUGUCGGACGUGUGCCCUGGGUGUUCAGCCAAAGUGUUUGCUGUGUCCCAAGAGAGGAGGAGCUUUGAAACCAACACGCAGUGGCACAAAGUGGGUCCACGUUAGCUGUGCCUUAUGGAUACCUGAAGUAAGUAUAGGUUGCCCUGAGAAGAUGGAACCCAUUACAAAGGUGUCCCACAUUCCUGCUAGCAGAUGGGCUUUGGCUUGUAGCCUUUGCACUGAACGGACUGGGACGUGUAUUCAGUGCUCAAUGGCCUCCUGUAUAACAGCAUUCCACGUCACUUGUGCAUUUGAUCACAAUUUGGAAAUGAGGACUAUUCUAGCAGAGAAUGAUGAAGUCAAGUUUAAGUCCUACUGCCUAGAGCAUGGCAGUACUCCCACCAGCUGCUCUAACAAACGGGACGAGUCCCGGCAGCUCAGUGUGGCUGCCGAUGGCAAUGCCGAGGUGAGUCAGAGUGAGCAGGACUUGGAGAAGGCCAGCCUCAGAAAGCAGAAGCUGCAGCAGCUGGAGGAAGAAUUCUAUGAACUGGUGAAGCCCACAGACGUAGCUCAGCAGCUUCAGAUCUCUGAUGUCUUGGUGGAUUUCUUCUACCAGUACUGGAGGCUCAAGAGGAAGUCAAACUUCAACAAGCCUCUCCUCGCUCCAAAAACAGACGAAGUGGACAAUCUCGCCCAGCAGGAGCAGGACAUCUUAUACAGAAGGUUGCGGCUUUUCACCCACCUUCGCCAAGAUUUGGAGAGGGUUAGAAAUCUUUGCUACAUGGUGACAAGAAGAGAGAAAAUGAAACGAUCAGUCUCCAGGCUUCAGGAACAAAUAUUCCACCAUCAAACCAAGCUGAUAGAAGAAAAUCUCCAUCGAGGGUAUUCUGGGAAGAAAAUAAAAGGAAAACUGAGUGACCCAAAGGAUCGUGGGAAGAACAGAUCGAAGGGCAGCCAGGAGAAGAAAGGCAAGUUAACAAGUGAAACGCAAUCCUUGCUGAAGCAGUUUGGUUUGUCAACUUCCAUUUCAUUGGAUGGGGAUCUUUUGCAGAACUGGCUGGCCCAAACUGUUCAAGCGAAGACAGAGAAUAUCUUGAGCCACUGGUCUUUCCACAGCGGUGCGGGACAUGAAGAAGUGGCGAGCUGUCUGUCGGAUAAGCUGAUGCACGACGAGCAGUCGCUGUUGAGCAUCAGCUCAGUAAACAGUGCUCAGUCACAGCCGCCCAUCACGUUGGAGAAGGAGUCUGGGCACAAGGCUGGUGAAGAGUUGAAGUCUAAGCCGUUGAAGGAUCGAGUAGGCAUCAUUCACACCAAGAACCAAUGUAAGAAGCAACUGGACUAUCCAGUUGACGGCACGUCCUGGCGUGCCAACCCCAGUGAACUUGCUGCACAGGGCACUUGCACAAAUGGGCCCAAGGGACUGGGAGCAAAGGCCAAUGGAAGUCACAAAAGAGCAAGUGAAGUGCGAAAGACAGGCAAAAAGCAGGCCUCGCAUCAGUCCAGUUCCAAGGCAGCUCUGCCCAGCACCUCGCCAGUAAGGAGUGCCAGUGAAAUUGGCGAAACGUUGGAUUAUUUUGAAUCUGCCUUUCCUAAACCCAGUUCUUCGGUUCAAGUGCCUAAAACAUCCACAAACUCAAAGUCUUGGGUAACUUUCAAGAUCCCAAAGUCAAGAGAGAGCGGCAGAAGGUCACAAGUGCAAAAGCAGGACCUGGGAAAUGGUUUCCAGCAGGCCAGCCCGGAACGAGAGAAAAAGCCCAAAGAGACAACGAAGGUGAAGUUGCUCUUCGACAACGAGACUGACGGUUACUUUUCUGACGCCGAAAUGAGUGACUCAGACACAGAAUCUGUGGCUGACAGGUCGCAGAGGCUUCAGCGACUGAGUUCGGAAAGCAUGGUUGUACACCGAAAAUGUGGCAGUGAGGUGGUCAGGAGGAGUAUUCUGGCUUCCUAAAGCAUCCAAACUAACCAGAUUAAAAAAAAAGUCAGGUGGUUCAAAUCCUUACUUCCUGCUCUCGCGCUCAUUUCUGUCGAUAAUCUGACCUACAAAAUGUCGGUCCUGCAAAACACAGCUAACUGAUUGAAAUAUCGGGGGAUGAAACUUACCGGUCAAUUGUUUUAUUGUAAAGCCCCGACUCUUCUCCUCUCUCGAUAUUCAGUCCCAUUGACUUCAGUGGAGCUAAAUAUUACGAAGGGGGUGUGGACGACUGGCCGAUCAGCGUUCUCCCGCUCCCGUUGCCAUUGCCUCUCUUUGCCCUACAGAUUCCAGCCUAAUCUCUGUAUAUGAACUUUUAAUCAGUCUGUUCCAUAAAGCUAUAUGUGGCUCAACUUAUAAUAAACCAGGAAGCAGUCAUGGUUACAAAUUAUAAUACAUAGUGUGUAGCUUGUGCCCUGAUGAUCUGAGUUAUAACUCCAGAGGGUUAGUCAUGUACCUUUAUAUAUGACGUCAUAACUCUCUCUGCUUCCUUCCUCCAUUGUUCUGCUUCUACCUAUUGCUGCCAGAGGAAAACUGUAAAAAGACAGCCUUAAUUGAAAAGCAGGAGUAGAAUACACACCAUGUAUUAUAAAGUUAAAUAGUUGAAAGCGGGUUCAAAGCCAUGAUUCAGUCUUCAAAAGAGAUAUUCUGUCGUUCAUAAGCCCUUCAACUGUUCGUCUCCUAGUCUGAGGCAUUAAUUUCUGCCUUAUAACUCACCACCAGCUGUGUUAUCCAACACAUUUACUGAGUUUAAUGUGGAAUAUAGAAACAUCAUCAAGAAUUAAGGGGCAUGAAUUUACUAUUUGGGGCAUUCAUGGCUCUUUCCCACCUGGCGGUCUGCCUGUGACACACUGACACAUCGGCAGUCAGGUGGGAAAUGUUAUGCACCUGUGAUUCAGAUUUUGAACAGAAAACUCCCAUUCAGUGAUAGAUUAAAGUGCAAGGAAUGACUGUAGGAAAAUAAAGAAGAUUUUUUUUUUGUGGAGUUGAUCUUCUAUUAACAAUAAAGCACAACAUGCACUUUUUAGAAGUCUGGCAGGUUGAUGAAAUAGCUGACUUCGGAGGCCAUACAGGACUUGCCAAGCAAAAGGGAAUUUUUUUGUACUUUUUAGAAAUGUAAGGAGGUAGCCAGUUGAUGCAAAGGAAACUUUGACCGUGUCUGUAAUAAUGUAUACUGGAGUACAUAAAGCAGUAACAAUAUUAUCAUAUACUGUAGGUGUGCUCUACACAGUCACACACUGUUUUAUGACGGGAAGCAUUAUGUGUUACGCAGUGUAGCGUGGUACAAUAAAUCUGAGUGUUAUCCCCAGGAACACUUCCAUAGGGUUUGAAGUUUCGCCAUAGAAUAUGGAGCUUCAUGUGUUGAAAAUUCUCCACUAUUUUAACAAAAAAAGUUAACCUGAUUAUUUUAAAAUGGCAAAGAAAAUUCUGAGCAAGUUGCAGUAGCACCUUCACUUUGGUAUCCCAAUGCACAAUUUCAAGGCUGUAGAGAAUUUAUGUGAUACGACACAACACACACUCUGUACAGGACUGUCCUAACAGAAUGAACAGAGCUGAUGUAUUAACUCUGCACACCUGCAUGAAUUGAGGAUGGAGUUGAAAUAAUUAUGCCCUCUUUUUGCCCCACUCCUUGCCCGUUGCCCUAUUUGCUUUGGGUCCUUACAGGUUCUCACUGGAAUUGACUGACAAACGCAAUGCUAUGAGAAGGAUGGGAUUCCGUAAUCUCCGGAGGAUUUCUGUGCAAGAGUCCACUGUGCAGGUGCUGCGCAGUUGAAUCAUGUUUUUGUAGAUUCUUGUUUCUCGGAGACUCAGGAGAACAGUAGGUGCUAGUGUUGCCCCAAACUUUCCUAAAUGCAAAGGAGAAACAUAAAUCCAAAUCUCAAUAUUCCAAACAGUGUUGCUUAAACAUCAACUGGCAGGGGCAGUCUCCGUAUGUACGCUGGUUUACCUCUACCCAUUCAUCUUUGCCCACCAUCACCACCCUGUCAGGUUUUCUGACACUGACUUGGGAAACAAGAACUUCAGCCUUGACCAAGUCUCCACUAUUAUCAUUAACUCCAGUCUUCUCCCUGGCCCUUUGCUCAAUCUGAAUUACUCCUUGCACAAAGUUGCCUCUGCAUUCAAUGCCUACACUCAAUUUAAUUCCUUUUGUCCAUUUAAGCUUUCCAGGAUCUGACUCAAAAGGGGACUGCAGUUGGUCCCACAUGCAGCCAUCUGCCCACACCAAGACUAGAAGGAUGCCAGGUCACUGGGAAACCUGUUAGCAUGCAUUAUCUGGGUGUCUUCAUCUCAGGAAGUAGUUUACCUAAGCAAAACUGAAGUGACUCAAAGGAAUUGUUAGGUUUUGUUUCACUUGCCAGUCAUCUUGAAAUCCAUUCCUUUCAGGUUACAUUAAUUUUUUUCUUAUUUCUCAUCAAAUGUCAGCAUGAGCUCAUAUCACUAUGUUUAACCUUAAAUCACACAAUCUUAAAUUCUUGAGCUUAAGCCUUUUCAAUGCAUCCAUCUCCCUUUACUUCAUCGCUAGCAGCAAAGCUAGCAGCUGACUCUGCUAUUCUUCAGAUUUCUUUCCCUUGCAUUGAUUUGAUCAUACUUUGGAUAAAGAGGCUAAGUUUUUCACAUUAAAUAUAGAUUUCUUAAAGUUUGCUUUUAUGGUAAUAAUUUUGACUUCUAACUCCUUAACUUUACAACCGUAAUCAAGGAUAUUGUUUAAAGAAAAAAUCAAAGGUUCAUUGGAUACUCAAGAAAGAAGUCUAUUCUCACUUUAUUGCAAGCCUAAUGGUUACAAAUUACUUUGAGCAACUUUUAAUGUUCACUUCAAAACAAGAUGGAUGUAAAAUAUGAAUUCUGGCCCUUCAUUUUUCUUAAGCAUGCUAAUUGUCAGGUAUGUUCAUAAUGAUGUGGUCUAACUGUUCCUUUAUUUUCUUAGAAUACACGCCUUGCUCAAGCUUUUUUUGGCAAGGCAUUCCUAUUAACAAUAGGAAGUCCUUAAAGAAAGAAUUUCCUGAUAAUAUCUGGGGCUUUCAGAAACUCACAGGACUUGCACCAGUCCAAAGCUACAGCACUCCUAGUUAAUGGGAAACCACUAUGACUGAGCCCAAAACUUAAGGUGUGGUUUCUUGUGGGUUUUUCACACCAGCAACCAUGUAGUACUGGCCACAAAGUAGAAGUGUACACAUUAUAAAUAAUUAUGUUUUUUAACUGAGUAAUACAUCAAAAGACUUUUAAAUGCAUAAUAUUAAAUCUGCCCUCCAUACAUUUUAAUAUUCUGGAUCUUGUUAACUAUUUUCUAAUAUAUUCAUAAGGGCAGCAAAACUACAUUUUUUUCACGUUCAUAUUUACUGGCAGCAAUAAAUAUUUGUAGACCAGACCUGCUGAAGCUUCGAACUGAUCUGAGCUUUACAACGCUGAAUUUCGCUGCAUUUUGAAUAGUGUCCUGUGUAAUCCAGUCCUCCUGUACCAAGCUAUGUAACCUGCCUAAAUGGUCUCGAUCCUGCAACUGAUUUUGAACAUAUUUCUGCGAAACUUGCCAUUUCAAAUACCACUCAGAAUUGGUGAUGAAUGCACUUAACUCAAUAUGUUAGACUAGAGCUGCUUCUCCUGCCUUGAAGUAAACUGUUGAUAGGUGUUGACUUACCUUGCAUUAUCCCAGUUGCUGUCACCUAGGCUGGUGGACUUCACGUCUGAGGCUGAGUUCUUCCUAAAAUUACUGGGGUGACUUUGUAGACUUAGCAGCAGUCUCCAGACAGAAAUCCGUAAGACAGGAGCAGAAUUAGGCCAGUUGGCCCACCAUGAAUCUUGAAAAGGAAAGAGGUGAAUGCCAUGAUUGAGUAGUUGUGUUGUUUAAGAGGUUCCUUGUCUGGAAAGGUGAAAAUGCCUGUACUUGCCUAAUCUACAAGGCAUCAAAAUUAAGUAGAGAUGCAAUAAUGCUGCAGAAAUUACUACAGGUCAAAGGCAGGAAGCCUCAUUCUCCCACUUUAGCUUCUCUCUUGGCUUCCCAUCCAUUUGGGAUAAUUACUAAGUGUCAUCAGUGUGAUACUGACAAGACUAUUAGUGUACUCAUAAAUUUAUGUCUCUACCAAAGGAAUGAUAAUUAACAUGUCCAAGUAUGAUCAUUUAUAUUGCUCAUCUGAAGUUCCAUCUUUUUCAGAGUUACAUUGAUGCUCUGUAACUCUGGAGGUUGCAUUAGAGUGUGCACAGAACAGCGAAUAAAUGCAAGUCACAUUAAAAGACAGAGUAUGUUGAAUUCUCCAGCAUUUGGCCUGGGAAUGUUGAGUGUGUUCAUUAAAAUCAAUAUCCAUAUCUGACUAUAUAGCAUAACAUUGUUGAUAGUAAUGUCUUUACGUAUGAGUAUUUCAUGAGGUUUUGCAGGAGUCAGAUGAUAAUUUUACAUUGCAGUAUGCUGCCUCACCAUCUGGGCACAGUUUUAGAGUUUGCCAAACCAAGUUAUUAGAUGAACCCAAACUCCUUUCCCUGUGAGUGAGCGUACAAUUCCCUGUAUUUACUAUGUCAAGCCUCCCUGGAUUAAAUGUAAUUUCCUCCCAGUUAAGCUUUCAAAUCAUGUUAGAGGGGAGUCCAUAUUACUGAUAUUGUUGGCCUCUAAUCAAUGUUUCUCAUCUCUGGCCUGAGUCACUUCAUCACAUGUAGCCAUUGACCUUUGCAAUCCCCGCCAUCUGCAACUGGCUGUCACUCUGACUAAUCUGAAACCAGCGGAUUAACAAGCACUUUGUUCUUCUUGACAGUCGUGUACUGAAGAAUGACAAUAAACAGUCUUGAAGAACACUUGGAUGCACUCUCCAAACCAAAAUGGGGAGAAAGCAUGGUGCCUGUAUUCUGGAAAAUUCAGAUUCUAUUUGAACUCUUGUGAAGCACGUGUUUGGCAGUGCUUAAUUGCCAACAGCAUUACCCUGGAAUUUUACAGCCACAAAGCCCUGCAAUAAUAAUAAGAUAAUUUAAAUCAUUCAAAUUGAAAUUUGAACUAUUUUAGUUUAUAGUUCUGACUUACCAGUGAACUUUGUUUCCAUUUAAUUCCCAUUUAUUCUAGUUUCCCAGCUAAUUUAUAAUUUACACCUCAAAUUAAAAUCUAUUUAAUGAUAAGAUCAAGUUAAAAUUCUGGUCAACUUGAUAUUUCAGGUGUGGUCUAUGUAUUGAGGUUCAUAUCUUCAUUUUUUACCUACUCUGGAGAAAAAAAAAUAAUUCCAGGCCAAAGGCUUUAUAAGAUUUUCACUUUUGAAGAAUGAAGAGGCAAGAGAAUGGAACAGUUGCAUGUGUUUGCAGGCACAUAUCCAAAUUUAUUGAGGAAAUGAAAGUGGAGGUAUAUGCAGUUACUGAAGCAAUCAAGUAAGGAAGAAUUCAUUUGGUCACUGAAUGAAUAAAGGUAGCAGAUGCUGUCCUUCAGAAUUCCUAUCCCCUAGUUCUAAAAAUGCAGAGAUCCAGUUCAUGGUACCAUGAAUAACUUCGGAGAAAAUAAUCCUUACAAUUUUAUCUGGUGUAAAAAUACUUCCAAGAUGCUUUCUUCCAAAUUCUUGAUUUAUCAAAAUGGCUUCCGAUUGAAGUUAUUAUAGAUAACAAAACCAUAUUUGAUUACAAAUAAAGUAAUCUUGAUGACCCAGGCAAUGAAGCUUCACGAGUGUCAUUUUAAUUCCAGGAUAAUUAUUUGAACACAAUGUGAAAUAAAAUUGUCAUAUACAGAGAGCAUUAACUGCAAAGAUGCAAGUGAAUAUACAGUAUACUAGAUAAAAGCUAUGACUGUAUAAAGGUAGAAAAAUAUGAAAACUUGAACAUCUGGAAAGCAAAGUGAGUGUUAUGACCUAAACAGGAAAGCCUUUAUCCAGAUUAAACACAACUAUGGUAAGAGGGAGAAUGGGAGCAGGUUUACUACCCGGACAGGAAACUAUACCAGUGCAUGGCACGGUUAUGGUUGGUGGUAGGAAAUGGGGACAAACAGGAGGAAGCAAAUAUUUUAAGACACAGAUUCCUGUGACCUGGAGCUUGUAUUUGAAUUGAGUUUAGGUUAAUGAUCCUUUGUUGCCUGUGAGGAUCCAAGUGAAAUCAGCAAAGAGAGACUCAACUGAAAAUGCACAAAGGAAAACUAACCCUAAUUGGAUAUUAAAUUUGUAAUCAACUUGUUAGUCCUGUGCACUGCUGAGAUGAGAAAUGGAAAAUGUGUACUUCUCUUGCAGCUGCUUGUGUUGAGCUUUGGGCUUGAGGAAGGGAGAGAUUUCUACUUGGCAUAUAAUUUAUCCUGGCAGCAGCUAAAUUGUCAAAGUUGUAUUUUUUUAGACUUGCAUCAGUCAGUAAAAAAACACGGAGUAUUUUAUUUCCCUGGAUGUGAUACCAUCAAAAUCAAAAAAAUAUUUGUUGUUCUGAAUUGCUGUGAAACAAAGAUGUUUCUGAAUAGUAUUUUAUCCAAACAUCAGUAAACAUGAUGUCCUGUAUCCUGGUGCAACUGUUAGAUCUCUUGUGGGUUUGCCUGUAAUGGCAUGCCAAUCCUCUCUUCACCUUUACCAUAUGCAGCUGAGAUACUUGAAUCUUUUGUUGGAGGCAUUGAGAGGGAAUUUUAUGUGUAAUUAGUGCAAUAAGAGUCCCUGUAGUCUGCAACACGAUGAACGUAAAUUGGAAGUCAAUUGUAUAUCCAGAAUUUAAUUGGUGUAUAUGUGUGUAAUCUAAUCUAAUUGAGUGGUUCAGGUAGUGUGUGUAUGUGUGUCAUCUAAUUGAGAGAUUCAGGUAGUGUGUUUGGGGGAUCUAAUUGAGAGAUUCAGGUAGUGUGUUUGGGGGAUCUAAUUGAGAGGUUCAGGUAGUGUGUGUGUGUGAUCUGAUUAGGUUCAGGUUGUGUGUGAUCUAAUUGAGAAGUUCAGGUCGUGUGUGUGUGAUUGAGAGGUUCAGGUAGUGUGUGUGUAUAUAUAUAUAUAUAUAUAUAUACAGUGACAGACAUCCAUGUGUAUUUUACAGACAGGAAUCAGAUUCAGGGAUUCCUUUUGGUUAAUAUGAGUAGUUACUGAGAUCCGGGAGUUAAUUGACAAGCUUGAGCAAUGUACCACCGUCUCCUGACACUGGGUAGGUUUUAGCCUUGAAGUUGCACCCCAUCUGUUACCUUUCAGUGAUUCACACUGUUAUCCUUUUCGAUGGAUUUAUUUUUGAGCAGGCAUUGUCUUGAUGCGCCAUUGAUGUCAGGCGGUGUUCACAACUCCUUAUCGUAUCACUGCCUUUUUAUUGCGAAAUUACCUCCAAUGAAGUUCCGAUACCAAUCUGAUAAACACGAGAAGGAAAGGAUACAAGAAAGUUCAGCUCACAUCUCUAUUGUGAUUGAUACCAUUUCCCAGUUACAGAAUGCAAAGACUAGUUCACGAGAUUAUUGAUUUGACGUCUAAUGAAUGGUCAACUCUCUACAAACAUACUGAAGAAACUGAUAACAUUACGAGUUUCAUGAGGAAAAUUCUGAAUCUUGAAUGGAGUCAGAUUUAUUCUCUGUAGAUUAUUUGUGCUUGCCAUAUUCAUGUAAGGACGUAUAGAUUUGGUAAUGUAAACAGAGACGUAAACAUUAAAAUAAAUUCAUAUUCGGGUUUUGUUAGACUGUAGCAACAGUAAAUACCAUAGGCUCUCCAAACCUUAUUGAACACUGCCUUCUACCGAUGCUUGUUUCAAUGUGCUUGAGUAGUUACAAUAUAUCCACAUGCUGUUCGCUGAUACUGUACUCCAAUUCUAGACCAUACUGCCUGCUGAGUAGUUUCUUCCAUCAUAUUGUACUCAUUACAGAAAUUGCAAAAGAAAAAAAGGAAUCUUGUCUGUUGUCCAAGUUAAGUUGCUGUCUGCGCUGUAUGUCAAAAUAUUAAAACUCCGUGCGAGGUCUUGACGGGCACACAUUUACGGCAAGUGGGAGGCCGCGUGUGUGUUUUGUGUCAAGGAAAAGUGAUGUGCCAUUUGUUAAUAAUAAAGAGAAUAAUGGAGAAGAUAUAUAUAAAGAAGAAAUGCUAUUUUAAAUUAUUUUUGGCUUUUUUUUGCAAUAUUUAUUUUCUUGUAUUAGAGUACUUAUAAAUCCUUUGUAGAGAAGAAAUGUAUUUUCCAUUAGUGCAAAAGAAAUCGUAUAAACUGCAGACCUAUUAAUCUUUUGUACAUUUUCCAUGUUAGCAACCUUUAAAGCAAUAUGAUGUACCAGAAGUUGUGUACUUUGUGUAAUUGCCUUGCUGUUGGUGUCAACUUGGAAUCGCUAAAUCCUCUAAUUGUUCCUGUUUGGAUCUCAAUUGGAGUAAAGUUGCACUUAAGAGUCCUACAAGAGAGAGAACCUCUACAGAGAGGCUGACUUAUUUUGUACAAAGAGAGAAAGGGAGACUGUAAGGAGCGGGACCCUGUUCACAAAGAGUAAGAAAUAGCUGAUUCCCGAGUUUGAUAAAUUGGCAUUUGUCAGUUCAUUGGCAGCAUACAAUCAAUAAAGCA